UGAAGUGAUCAAAUUUGUUCACGCCCAGUCUGGAGUGGAUUGUAUCCUACAGUGUAUGCUUCAAGAUAAAUCAUGCAGAUCUGUAAACUUCAGAAAAACCUGCGCAGUUAACAAUGGUACUGGAAAUUGUCAGUUACUUCAUGACGUUGCUUCAGAAAAUCCAGAACUUUUACACGAAGAUGUUCGCUUUGAUCAUCUCACAUUACUGCAACCCAACAGG